AUGCGCGUCGGCCCGCUGCCGCGUGGCAUCUUCAGUGCGGCUGCGUUCAGUGGGCGCACUGCGGCGGGUGACGGCGCCCUGCGGGCGACUGACGCCCCGGUUGCCGGAGACGACUGUCCCCGGGAAGGCGCGAAACUGUGGGGUGCGGGGAAUCCGUUUCGGAGGACUGAGAAGAUUGAGCGGGAGUGUGGCGCACACGGUGUGGAGGCCGUGCGCUACACAAAUGUGUGUUGCCUCUUUGAUCCUCGAAUGGGGGCACGUUUGUGUGUGGGGUUCUGGGCCCCAGCGAGGGUCUCUCGCGGUUACGGCGUGCCGCUCGCCUUCCUGAAAGGCUCCAGAAGCCGCGUGCCCCGGACCCACGCACACACACGCUGGGGGAGGAGGGCCUUCUGCGGGCGCGGCAGAAAAAAGAGGGAGGGGCUCGCGCGGGGCUGCGGCCGCCAACGGGACGGCGUGCAAGGCGCUGCGUGUUGCGGGCGGGCCCGGCGUCGCGUCCCGGGCAAAGGCGUACAGAUGUGGGCGCCGCAGGAGCCUUCAGGCUGA